AUGAGUCAGCACGCCAAGGCUCGCGGGUUUGCUGCCUUUUGCAACGCGAUGGCGAAACGUGGUGCGGAGGCGGACGUCACUGCGGCGCUCGCCGCCGACAGCAAGCGCCUGCGGCACGAGGCACCUACGAUCGCGCCUCGUGAUCCGCCACCCCUGCAACUAGACAUCGACGAGCUGUUAGCCGCACGUAAGUCGGACAUCCUCGCGCUCAAGCGCGCCAUGUCGCACGCCCGCUCGUCGGCCCAUACACGGGCAUGGCAGCUCUUGCCGCGUCAUCUGCGCCGCCGCGCCGCCUCCCAUAAUCCGCUGCGUCUUCCACGCCGCCUGCGCGGCAAGGCGCAUGCGGAGCUUCGCGCCUCGAACACGCAUGCCAAGACACGCAGCGAGAUGCGCCGCCGCGCGCCGGAGCGCACUCUCCGUGCCUACGUGCGGCGGCGCACUGCCUUGCAAGCGCGUGCACGGAGACCUGGGCGUCGCUGGCUUGAGACACAUCUCUGGCACGCCAAGCGCUUCCGCAUGUCGGGGGAGAAGGGCACCAGCGAUGGCGGCGCGGGCCACUGGGGUUUCUGUCUCGCCGAGACGCCGUUCCAGAAAAGCUUCCGGACGACAUGGCGCAAGUCGGCGUAUGCCCUUCUCCAUGACGCCAGCUACACGGCCGCAUUCUACGUUGGCGCGCGCGCCCGGCGCGUCUCGGACGCAACGGCGCGCCUGCAACUGCUCCUGCACUUGGCUGGCGCCGCACAUGGAUGGGAGGACGAGUGGACAUCCGGCGCACGACUCUGUGACACAGUGCUUCUCGGUCGGCCCCGCGGCCUGCACAAGGCGCGCGCCACCGCGCCGUUUCUCCCUGCCGUCGCCCCGCUCCAAGUCCUGUGGAUACCCCGCUCAGAGCGACACACGCGCCGUACCUGCCUCUUACUCGUGCACCCUGCGGCAGCAUGGGACGUGCAGCAGGCUCUGACGCAUGCGCUCGAUGCCAUACAUGCCGAGCAGCGCCGCCCGCGGCAUGUGUGUGUCGUAGCGCAACGCUGGAACAAGCAUGUCGCCCUCACGGCGCACGCUCUCGACACGGCACCACCUGCGGCUGUCGCUGCAGGUGUGCUGCAUCCGGACGCUUCACGCCGUGCACCCACAUCGCUGGAGCCGAUCGAGGCACCGCCUCUCCCGCCGACGAGCGGGUUUAACGUGUUUGAGCUCGUCGGUGACCGCGCUGCACAUGUCCUGCAUGGCGUGCUGCAGCCUGCUGCAGACGCUCAUCCCGGCCAGGCCCACAUGCUCAGCCGGGUGCUGCAACAUGGUUCGGCGCCGCUUCCCAAAUGGCUGCCGAGCGGCACUGUACUCUCGUGCCGCGUCGAGGACCCCCGGCUGCACUUUCCUCCAAGAAAUGCCUCUUCCAGUACAGAGAGCGACACUCCUGUGGCAUGGGUACAGGAUGGUCGGCCUACGCACACUGACGCCGCGUUCUUCGAGCACCGCGCCCCUCCCUCGUAUACCCAGUCGCAAAUCGACCGGCGCCGUGCCAUGGGCGGCCACGCCGCGGCGCCUACUCCUCUCGAUACCCUGCCCAUCUUGCUCAUUCCACGCACGCUCCAGGCGGCGCCAGGCGCGCGCGACCUCGCUGUGUACACACUACUCGUGCCCCGUGGAUGGGGCGCGGCUUUCUGGACGUCGCUUGUGCACACGGGCGCCCUGGUACUUGGUCAGGCCCAGUACCGCACGCUGCACCUCAACCUGGGCCGCGCACAGUUCCCCCACGACUGGAUCAGCCAUCCUGACCACCAACGCACCAGCGACGCCGAGGCACAUAAGCUACGCGCUGCGUGGGAGGCGCGUCCCCCCGCCAAGCGCGUACCGCUGCAGCCGAAUGCGUGUGCCCACCCCUUUGGUGGUGCAGCGCUAUGGACAACACUGGCCGAACAAGCUGGAACGCCCGGGACACCCGCCAUUGUGCCAAGCAGCGGUGACAUGCGGCCGGCCGGAGGGCCGGCGCCACACAUGCGUACGACGACCGUCUGGGCACGUCGGCAGUACGAGGGCGGCCUGCUGCGCACCCAUGUGCCGGCACCUGUGCCGGCGGGUCUCGCGCCGUUUGUGCUUGUUCUGCUGACGGCGUGUGGCCGUGGCGCAUUUGCGGCUCCCGCCACCGUGCAUUUGCCUCCGGCCGACUCGGUGCCGCAGUGGCGGCAUGCGCUGUCUCCGCCGACGUCGCAGCGCGACGAGGCUCACCGCCAGCUGCAAGUAUGGGAGCACACCGAGCUUGCUGCACACACGGCCGUCGGGGCUGUGACAUCGGGCGAUUACGCACUUGCGACUGGGCACGGCCGCGCGCUCGCUGCGAUCACCUGGGACGCAUGGCUCGAGCUCGAGCGUCGCGAGCGUGCCAUGCCCCUGCCGGAGCGGGCGUGGGGCCGCCAUAAACGCAACCGCGUCCCACUCGAGCGCCUCGUACUCGUCAGCCCCGCGUGGCGCGGCGUGCCGCGCUUUGCGAGUGCACGGCGUGUACCCACUAUGUAG